GCUGCCCAGCGAGUCACGCCAUUGGCGGGUGAGUGAUGGGGGAAGUGCGGCUCCUCUGGAAGUUAGUUACCUUCUGUCUGUAAAAGUGAGUCAAAAAGAAAGAAAGCGUUUAAGUAGUCGUUGGUGGCGAAAAGCUAACUUUAUUUAUUUAAGAAGUAGCUGCAGCAUCGCUCCGUUAUGGAGUUUGGAGAGGAGUCGUCGCCCGCUCUAGCUUUCGAGAAGGACGCGUUUGAGCUCACGGUUGAAGAUGUUUAUGACAUUUCCUACGUGAUCGGACGAGACUUGUUAAAAAUAAGCAGCACGGGAGAAGAAGUGUCGGAUUUGCAGUUCAGAAUAGUCCGUGUUUUGGAAAUGUUCGAGACUUUGGUCAAUAAGUACAACUUAUCUCUGGAGGAGCUGAAAAUGGAGCGGGACAACUUGAAGAGUGAACUGGACAGGAUCGUCAAGGAGAGCUCCUCUGGGCAGGGCACGCAAACGGCGGGGCCAAACCAGCUGGUGGUGGACCUGACGGACCCUAACAGACCGCGGUUCACCAUGCAGGAGCUGAAGGAGGUCCUGCAGGAGAGGAACCAGCUAAAGGCUCAGCUCAUGGUGGCUCAGGAGGAGCUGCAGCUGUACAAGAGCGGGAUCCUGCCGCAGGCUGAACCAGCCAUGGUGGAAGUGGAUCUGGAGACACCAGCAGCGACAGAGCACAGUCCAGCCACAAUAAAUGACGCAAAAGAGGAGAAAACAACCAUAGGCAAACUGUUUUCGUUCAGGCGAAAAUAAGGAAAGACUGUUCACAAGAACUGACCAUGUAGAAGACAAACAGGAUUUGUCGGCACAUCAGUCAACCACUUUUAUAUUGACUAUUUUUUACAAUAAGUAUUUCUCAGUCUAACAAGCACUGUAUUUUAUACAUAAUUAUAAUAAUUAGAACAUAAUGAUUUAUAGUAAUACAGAGCUAACAUUGUAGAAAUAUAUAUGGAAAGUUUGAUCAAGAUAUCAAAUGAAACUGGAAAGUAUUAUGUAGCUGCUGUUGGAGAAUAUGUUGAAUGCAUUCACUUAAUAUGAAGUAAUCUAUAGGCUUGGAAUUAAGUCUUAAAGGGGCUUCAUAUGAUCUAAAACACACUCUGUCACUCUCAACUGUUAGCUCUCAAAUUAAGGAGAAAGGGCCCCAUCCCAUCCCAACCCAUAAUUUAAGAUAAUAAAAUGUUAUGACAUUUUGAAA